GUCGGUAUUCACUCCGUUUUUCUUUCAAUUUUCAAAUUAAAAUCAAACUUAAAACCUAAAAAUGAAUAUCGAUAUUGAUAUCGAUAUUGAAAUGCUGAUUUCCCUGGUUGAAAAUAGACCUGUGCUUUGGGAUAAAACUUCAGAAAGUUACAAAAUUAAACAGCUUCAUUUUACGGCAUGGAUGGACAUCUGCAAAAUGAUACAUCCAAGUUUUGAUACAUUAUCUGAUAAAGAAAAAAACGAAUUUGGAAAAAAUGUUAUAAAAAAAUGGAAUAAUGCAAGAGAUAAUUGGAUGAGAUGUGAUAAAAAAAUUAAAGAGUACAAGUCAGGUUCAGCAGCAAAACCUGUUCAAAAAUACAAAUUUUAUGAGCAAAUGCAGUUUUUAAAUAAAAUUGUACGUCAUAGACCGACAGAAACAAAUAUGCCUCUUGCUGAAGACGUUGAAGAAAAUCAAAUUGUAUCUGAAAGUCCAGUUCAAAAAAAGAAAAUGAAGAAACAAGUAACAGAAAAAGAUCAGUUGGAAAAAAGAACAACGAGAUUAGUCGAAUCUGUAGAAAAAGAUGAUCAAAGUAGAAUUAUGUCUUUUUUUAGCGGAAUUGCCCCGACCAUUGAAAAAUUUAAUGAUGCUGAUAUAGUUGAGUUUCAGUAUGAGGUCAUAAAAGCCAUGAGAAACAUAACUCAAAGAACUCAGACGCCAUAUUUACAGCAUGAUGUACCAAGAAAUUAUUAUCAAAAUCUAAGUCAACCCGCGCAAUUUCAUUUAUCACACCCAUCUCAUGUUGCACCGAACAUUAAUGAAGAUCCACGUGGCAUAUAUCGUAAUUAUAAUGCAAAUGAAUCAAACAAAGUCCAUCAAUAUAUGACAACAAAUGGUAAAAGGAGCUUUUCUUCGACUGCUGAACCUUCGCCAGAAUCAAUCGACAGUCUAGACACAGCCGAAAGUCAAUCAGCCGUUUCCGAUUACGAUUUCGAUUUUUCAAAAUCACCAGUUUUUUACGAAUCAUUAAUUAAUUAA